AUGGCUGAGCUCGUCCCCCCCGGCGCGUGGGACACGCACAUCCACGUCUUCGACCCCGACAAAUUCCCCUAUGCCGUCCCCCGGUCGUACACGCCCAAGGCCGCGCCGCUGGCCGACUAUCCGGCCUCGAUAACCGGGUGCAAGAACAUUGUCGUCGUGCACGCGUCCAUGCAAGGGUCGUCGCCCGCGCCGCUGCUCGACACGCUCAGCAAGAAGACGGCCAUCGACAGCUCGGGCAACAGCUGCCUGCGCGGCCUGGCCACCAUCGACGUCGACAGCAUCACCGACGAGGAGCUGGACAAGCUGCACGCCGCCGGCGUCCGCGGCGCGCGCCUACACGAGAUGUCCUGGGGCCACGGCACGCAGAGCGAAGGCAGCGACAUCAUCGCCAAAGUCAGCAAGCUGGCCACGCGCCUGGCGCGGCUGGGCUGGGCGAUUGGCAUCUUCUGCCCUUUGCGGGCCUGGGCCGCCAUGGCAGACUUCAUCCGCACGAAGCUGGACCCGCGCAUCCAGCUGGUCGCCGACCACUUUGGGGGCACAUUUCCCGGUGAAGAAAACUCAGCUGACUUCGCGACCUUCCUCGACCUGAUCCGCGAGAAGCGUCUCUGGGUGAAGAUCUCUGGCUUCGAGCGGCUCUACCACGGCCAUCCCGAGGGCAUCGAGGCGCUGACGCCCAUCGCCAAAGCCAUCAUUGCCGCGGGGCCAGACCGCAUCGUCUUCGGCACUGACUGGCCGCAUACGCAGUUGGGGGUCUCCCGCAAGGGGAAGACGGAUGAGCAGCGCCUGAAUGAUGUCGAGGACUUCCGAGACGUCGACGAUGCGGCGCAUAUCAGAAAGGUGCGCGAGUGGAUUCCGGAUGACGAGACGUGGCAGAAGCUGUGGGUGACGAAUCCGCAGAGGUUGUUUGGGUAG